AUGAAGGUGAAUUUUUUUAUUGGCUCAUCUUUAAUUGGUAUGUAUGCAAAGUGUGGGGAUUUGGUGUCAUCAAGGAAGGUUUUUGAUAAAAUGACAAAAAAAAAAUUAGUAACCUGGAACUCCAUGAUUACAGUGUAUGCGCAAAGUGGAUUAUCACAUGAAGCAAUUUCAAUCUUCAACAUCAUGAAAGAAGAAGGCGUAAAAGCAAAUAAUAUCACAUUAAGUGGAGUUUUAUCCGCAUGUGCAUCACUUGGUGCUCUUGAUAUUGGUAAAUCAGUAGAUGAAUAUGCAUUAAAAAAUGGUCUCCAAAAAGACAUAUAUGUAGCAACUGCUUUAAUCGACAUGUAUGAUAAAUGUGGGAAUGUAGACCAUGCAUUUCAAGUUUUUGAAAACAUGCCGUUCAAGAACAUUGUCACAUGGAAUGCCAUGAUUUCUGCUUUUGCUUUCAAUGGAAGGGCAAAAGAGGCAAUAUUGUUAUUUAACAGAAUGUCGGUUUUCACUUAA